AUGACCGCAGAAGCCCCCAAAGGGCAAAGGGUUGACGCAAAUAAAAUCGACCAGGAGAAGGUUAAGUCUCUGAAAUGUGCCGGCCAGAAGGCAUUCAAAGCCGGUGAAUUUGAAAGCGCCGUCAACUCCUUCACACAGGCAUUGGCCGAGAAAAAGGAUGACAUUGCAUUGCUGGAUAAUCGCUGUGCCGCCUAUGGGAAGCUGAAACAGUACAGCCUGGCUCGCAACGAUGCUAGAGUCAUGGUGAAACUGGCACCGACUGAUGAACGUGGUUAUCUUCGUCUGGGCCAGAGCUUAUGGCUAGAGGGUAACCUCGUGAAGGCGGUUGCUAUUUACGAAUAUGCCCUGACGAAGCUCGCGGAGGAUAAUCGAGGCCUCAAGGCUAUCAACCAUAUGCUUAAGAAAGCGCAAGACCAACUUGCUGGAGGAAACCGACGCGACCCAUUCACGGUGUUGCCAUUAGAGCUUGCAGAAGACAUUCUCAAGAGCCUCACUUUCAAGGAAAUUGUAGGAAUUUUACGCGUCUGCAAAGGAUGGAACCAAUUUCUGAGGGGAAUCCCGAGCCUCUGGAUGGAUGUCAACCUAACAGGUGCACAAAAACGCGUCCCUUGGACGUCAAUUAGAAACUAUAUCCACCAAUCCAGGGUGGCGCUCACUCAUGCGAACAUUCAAAAUAUUGUGCCGGCCGCUACUCCAAAAGUUCUCGACAUGUUGAGCAGAUGCCCUCACUUGGCACAUCUACAAUUGCAUGCUUCUCAUGAGAAUCCAUCGGAAUUCUACGCCAAAAUAAGAAAUUUUAAACGCUUGAAGACCCUUGUCUGUGAUAUUAGACUCUCUCACACAUGCGUGGGAGGAAUUCUAUCAGGUCUUCCACUGCUUGAAAAGGCGGGUUUUCAUGAUAUUUGGGAGUCCAGCCAGGAUGGCACCGCAGUCUGGCCGAAGUAUCUCCCGAACUUGAAAAGCCUCUUUAUUGGCUCCAAAUAUAGGGGUGCCAGUUAUAUCCCAUUCCUCAAUUCGAGCGUGAUUCCAGGGCUCUGCUCGGAAACACAACCCACUUAUCCCAACCUGGAGGAACUUCAAAUUGAGUGGGAACCGGUCAGAUCAAACUCGUUUGUUUUUAACACCGUACAAGAUGCGGAAACUCUGCCCCCGCUUCGUGAGCUGGUCCUUCACGGCGCGCGAGUUCGACCCAACUUUUACGCCAAGCUCCCCAAGUCCAUUGAAUCCCUGCGGUACUACGGGGGCUCAGUAGAAAGUGAUCUUCCGAACCGGAAUGAAAUGGAUAUCGCCGACAACGAGCUUCUCAACUUGAAAGACCUCAUUUUCGAGAAUACACCCUGGGUCACCGUGAGAAAUCUAAGACUUUUCACGUGGGCCUCCAACGCUCCCAUUGAAACCCUUCAUGUCAACUACUGCCACAAUAUCAACGCCGAUGAUCUGAUCUCCAAUUUCAUCGACGACCAUUCGGAUAACAACCCGCGGUUGCGCAAAAUGACCAAUCUGGGCGUCGCCGGCAUAUCGGGUAUCGAUGAUACGAGUGUCCGACAGAUCUGCACUGCACUUCCAGAUCUGAAAAUCCUCGAAUUAUCAGAGACCAGUAUCACUGGCUGUACUAUUCGCAUGUUGGCAGAUGCCAAGAAUGACGAUUCUGCUAUGGCGAAUCUCACUGGGUUGAUUAUCAAACGCUGUGACGACGUUACUAAUGAUGCCAUUGACUAUGGACGGGAUAAGGGUCUUGUGAUAAUUAAUUGA